AUGCGGUUUUACAAAUAUUGUGAUCUUGUUAAUGCUAAUACCAACUAUGCAAAUCGGAUGAAGAUGCUUAGCAAUCGUAUUUUUGGUGAUGUUGUAAGGCCAACUAGUGAAAAAUCGAUGAGGGUAGUGAAGAUGUUUAGCGAAGAACCAUUAUACAAAAAAGAAAAUGUUAUAAAUUACUAUCCUCGGCAUAUAGAGACUGGAUUAUUAAUGAAGAAACUUCGAGAAUAUGGUUUAUAUAGAGAUGAACAUCAAGAUUUUAUUGAAGAAAUGAGAAGACUUAAAGCACUUAGAGGAAAAGUAUUUGUAAAAGGAGAGAAAAAGAGGAAAGCUAAGAGUAUUAUAUAAUUGUUUAGUCAUUCAAAGUUUCAUUUUUGUACUAAAAAUAACCAAUGUGUUUUUAGAAUUUUCUAUUUGAUUGUUUUAAAAAAUUUUCUUAGUACAUUCUUUGUAGUUACGUGUUAAUACAUAUAUGAUUAACUAAUUA